CCGGACGUGACGUCGCGCGUUUCCGCCGUCUCUGCCCGCGCGCGCGCUGCUCCGGCGAUGGCGGCGGCGCCGCCUCCUCCUCCCCCGGCCAAGUGGUUCUUCAGCAGGGAGCAGCUCGAGGCCACGCCGUCGCGCAGAUGCGGCAUCGAGGUGGACAAGGAGUUAUCCUACCGCCAACAGGCGGCCAACCUCAUCCAGGACAUGGGACAGAGGCUCAACGUUUCUCAGCUGACGAUAAACACAGCUAUCGUAUAUAUGCACAGGUUUUAUAUGCUGCAGACCUUCUCAAAGUUCCACAGAAAUGCAAUUUCUCCAGCUGCUUUGUUCCUUGCUGCUAAAGUAGAAGAGCAACCACGGAAGCUGGAACAUGUUAUUAAAGUGGCACACGCGUGCCUUAACCCACAGGAAGCUCCGCUGGAUACAAAGAGUGAUGCUUACCUUCAGCAAGCCCAAGACUUGGUGAUGAAUGAACAUGUGAUGCUUCAGACAUUGGGUUUUGAAAUAACAAUAGAUCACCCUCAUACUUACGUUGUGAAAUGCACACAGUUAGUACGGGGUAAGAACCACACUCAUGUGCAGAACAUUAAUACGCAAAGCAUGUCGUAUUCUAAGUUACAAGUAAUUAUCUUCCAAAUCUACAUUGAAACACUAAAGAUAAAUAUAUAUUUGCCUCCGUUAUUUGGUCAUAAUACGUUUUCUGCUUUUAUAUUUUCAGCGAGUAAGGAUCUGGCCCAGACCUCGUAUUUCAUGGCUACCAACAGCCUACACCUCACCACAUUUUGCUUGCAGCACAAGCCCACAGUGGUAGCCUGCGUUUGUAUCCACUUGGCCUGUAAGUGGUCCAACUGGGAGAUUCCGGUCUCGAGUGAUGGAAAACCAUGGUGGGAAUAUGUUGAUAAUGGUGUCAGCAUGAACCUUCUGGAUGCAUUAACACAUGAAUUUCUUCAGAUUCUUGAGAAAACCCCAAAUAGGCUAAAAAGGAUAAGAAACUGGAAGGCAUAUCAGAAUCAAGCAAUUAAGAAACUGAAAGUGGAAGGGCAACCAACAAACGAUGCACAUUGCCACAGCCUGGAUAGUCUUGCAUUCCACUUUGAUGCUGCAGACCUCGCCGCACCUUCUGAAGUGAAAUCUGCAUCCACCUCCGUGCCACAGCCUAUAAGUGUGCCGAUGGUUCCUGUGCAGUCGGUUCCUUUUGCGCCGCCUGGUCAGGUCAUGGCUCCUUUGAAGUCCUACCAACUGCAGAAGUCUCAUGACCUUCAACAGAAGACCCAUGACUCGGUACCCAUCAAAGUGGAAAUGCAAGCCAAACAUUCUGACAAUGCUAUGCACUCUGACGUUCCAGUGUAUUUAAAAACAGAGCGUUCAUCCCAGAAAUUGCCAAGCCGGGAUCCCCAGCCUAGCACUGCCACAGGGUCUGUACCUUCUGCCACAGCAAAUAAGGUUCCUCAUCAGAAGGUUAGUCUGCUGGAGUACCAGGAGAAGCAUGCUGUAGUCCUGGCAGAGCACAAGCGCAAGCUGGAAAGACAGGAAGCUGAACUCAAGGAAAAGUAUGCCUCUGAAGCUCAAAUACUUCUGGAGGUUCAGAGACGCGAAAAGAUGCACCAGCAGCAACAGAGUAGUGGCACGAGUACUCCCAGUGAGCAGUCGCAGAAACAUAAACACAAAUCUCACCACCAGAGCAAUGAGAAAGUGGACAAACAUGGAAAACAGGACAAAAGUUCUAUCAAAGUGCGCCUACCUGGAAACCAGGAUGAUACUAAAGAUGGGCGUGAGAUUAAAGUAAAAAUCAAGAUGCCAAUGGCACAUGAACAUAACAGUGGCACUGAUGACAGCAUCAGCAAAGGUAAACACCAGAGCCAGGCAAUGUUGAAAGAAAAGCACAAAGACCACCAUCCUGCCUCCCACCACCAUCACCACCAUGGAAACAGUCAUAAACACUUGCACUCGUACCCUCAUUUACACAGCAGUGGUAAUGGGAAACAUAGCUCUGAUGGUUCCAAAGGUGGCUUUGUAUUAUCACCAGAAGCCAAACCAGGUACUACGAGCAGCAGUGGUAGCUCGAGUUCUGGAUCGUCACGUAAACGACCACGCGAGAGUAACGCCACAUCUCAUGGAAACCCGCAGAAGAUGAGCAAGCAGACCUCCAAAAGCAGCAGCUCCUUUGCCAAGCAGCACUCCUUUGCAGUGCAGUCGCUGCUGCAUCUUCCAAUGCCUCCCCCACCACCCACCACCUCAAUUUCUUAUGGGCAGCUGUCCAAAAGAUCUGGGAAGGAAUUAAAUGGGCUCAACUCGGACUCAUGUUUGGACUUGGACGAGCCGAUGCCCCACAUGCAGGGCGACAGCUACAAGGCCACCCGUGAUAUGCUGGAGUCGCUGCUUUGUGCACAGGGUGUGAACACGCCCACCAACACCAGCCAGUCGGGUUUUACGCAAGACUUCAGCCCCAACUAUUACAGCCAAAACAUGGCCCGUGGAUUCCAUCCACUGAUCCACAGAGGGCAGUCCUCACUUCCAAGUAAACCACCACUUCCGCCACUGCCAGCCGACCCUCCCCCGCCCCCUCCACCUCUCCCUAAGUAAAUACACUGAACAACAUGAGCAGGUCGACGUUUUGCUUUUUUGCUGUUAAAGAAAAAGGGUAAAAUUGUACAGUUUUGUUGCAACGUUCAUGUCUGCUUUUAGCCGCUGAGGAACCCCAGCGGUUUUACUGUGAUUCAACGUGGGUUUUUUUUAUAGCAAGCGCGUAACAGUUUUAUGAAAAAAGAAAAAAAAACUGCAUUUGAAAAUCUUCGGAGUUGGUAAGUCUCUUGAAGAUUUCCUUAACUGUCUUAUGUCGUUUUAGCAUUUCAUUUUAGUUUAGUUUCAUUCCUAAAGACUUCAUAGAUGUAAAGUCUUGGAAGUACCAGCAUAAAGUGGAGGUACAAGAAGCUCAGGUGUUGGAAUCUCUACAGUAUAAAACUUAAAAAAAAAAAUGUUUACAUUUCAUUAUUGUGCUUUGUUAUGAAGUGCAUAUUAACAAUUUUCUUGGCUUGUGGUGAAUAUUUCUCCAGGCUUAGCCCUCUAAAUACUUGAUAUUGAAAAUUGCAAAUAUUUAUUUAUAUACUUAAUAAAGACAUGAGAAUCGUAAUCCUGCUCGGUGUUUAAAUGUAGUGGAGCUCUGUACAUCGCCUUAGUUUCCCUGCAGUGAAGGCAGUGGACGGUAAGCAUUAUUGGCUGAAGGGAUAAACGCGCAUGGUAACGGCUGCAAUCGUUUUCAUUCUUGAACUAUUGUCUGUAUAUAAUACACCCGCUCCCUGUGUAAAUUAAAAUGUAAAAUUUUGUACCAAAAAACAUUCAGUAAAGAUUUCUCAAUAGCUAAAUGGCCGCCUGGCACGUUUAGUGAUUUCUCUAUUUUACUACUUGCAUUUAGAUUGUUAAAAUGUAUGUAUCACUUUACAUUAAAGGCAAUAAAUGCUUUUGUGUUGUA